ACAAUUAAUGAAACCUUCAAGAACCCUUUUUUAGAGACAAAUCCAGAUUUUUAAUACUAUUUAAGCCUGAAAGUCACAAAACCAAACACAGGCUGAAAGAGCCUACUUAUCAUGAUGGCCAGGGCCACAAUCAAUAGACAGGUCAGUCAAUGUAACAUGUGGGCUGUGUCUUGAUGGGAGGGAGCAGAGGCAGGGCUCGAAUCAGAUGGCAAACUUAUAGGGUCCUCCCUGAAAGAGUUUUCUAGGGGCAGUGCUGAAGAGAGUUUCACUUAUUUUUGAGUCUGAUAGAUACUGAGAGUUGAUCUGUACCUCCCUCUGAGGAAAAGGCCUGUGCCCAGAAUAGUGAAGACUUGCUUGGAUAAGUCUUAAAUUCCUGCCUUUGCUUGCAGCUGCCUAGCAAGUCCAUGGGAUUUCACUGAGCCAUUUUAAUACUGAUGGUCAGACAGUUUGAACCCAUUAGCUCCUAGGCAUCUGAGUAAAUUUGCUCCUUCAAGUUCAGCUCUCCAGCAUAUUUCUGCAAUUGAAUCCAAGGAAACCAGCAAAAAUAACUGCAAAUUUUAAUAAGUGGCAGCCCUGUGUUGUAAGAGUUAAAGGCUAGAGCAAAUAUGCCUCUGGCUAGAUCCCUAUCCAUGACCUCUCUUAAUGGGCUUCCCCUGUGGGAGGAUGAAGACCUGCCCGUGGAAGACUUAUUGCUUUUUGAAGUUUCCUGGGAAGUUACCAACAAAGUUGGUGGCAUCUAUACUGUGAUCCAGACCAAAGCCAGAAUUACAGCAGAUGAAUGGGGUGAAAACUACUUUCUGAUGGGUCCCUAUUUUGAACAUAACGUGAAGACUCAAGUAGAAGUGUGUGAGCCUCUCAACCCUGCUAUUAAAAAGGCAGUGGAGACAAUGAAAGGCCAAGGGUGUCAGGUCUUUUUUGGAAGAUGGCUGAUAGAAGGCAGCCCAUAUGUUGUGCUGUUUGAUAUAGCAUCCGCAGCUUGGAAUCUGGACAGAUGGAAAGGAGAAUUCUGGGAUGCAAGCAACAUAGGAAUCCCUUUCCAGGACAGAGAAGCCAGUGAUGCUGUGAUCUUCGGAUCAUUAACAGCCUGGUUCUUAAAAGAGAUCUCCAGUCAAAUUGAUGACAAGCCUAACAUAAUUGCUCACUUUCAUGAAUGGCAAGCGGGGGUUGGUAUAAUCCUCACUCGAUUUCGGAAACUUCCUGUUGCCACAAUCUUUACUACCCAUGCCACACUGCUUGGGAGAUACCUGUGUGCAGCAAACAUAGAUUUCUACAACAAUCUUGAUGAGUUUGAUAUAGACAAAGAAGCAGGAGAGAGACAGAUUUAUCAUCGGUACUGCAUGGAACGAGCCUCCGUACAUUGUGCCCACGUGUUCACCACAGUCUCUCAAAUAACAGCCACAGAAGCAGAACAUAUGUUGAAGAGAAAUGCUGAUGUUGUCACCCCAAAUGGUUUGAACAUUAAGAAAUUUUCAGCGACACAUGAGUUUCAGAACUUACACAUCAUGUACAAAGCUAGGAUCCAAGAGUUUAUUCGUGGUCAUUUCUAUGGUCAUCUUGACUUCAACCUUGAAAAGACUUUAUUUUUCUUCAUUGCUGGGAGAUAUGAAUUUUCCAACAAAGGAGCCGAUAUAUUUCUAGAGGCCUUAUCCAGAUUAAACUUCUUGCUGAGGGUGCACAAAAGUGACACCACAGUUGUAGUGUUCUUCAUAAUGCCUGCAAAAACAAAUAAUUUCAAUGUGGAAACAUUAAAGGGGCAAGCAGUCCGCAAACAGCUAUGGGACACUGCACAAUCUGUGAAAGAAAAAUUUGGAAAGAAACUUUACGAUGCACUCUUAAGAGGAGAAAUUCCAGACUUGAACAAGAUCCUUGAUCGGGAUGACAUAACCAUAAUGAAAAGAGCCAUCUUUGCAACUCAGAGACAGACACUACCUCCAGUGACCACCCACAACAUGCUUGAUGAUAGCAAUGAUCCCAUUCUCAAUACCAUUCGGCGCAUUGGACUCUUCAACAACCGCACUGACAGAGUCAAGGUAAUAUUACACCCAGAGUUCCUUUCUUCAGCAAGUCCGUUAUUACCUAUGGACUAUGAAGAGUUUGUCAGAGGCUGCCAUCUGGGGGUGUUUCCAUCUUACUAUGAACCCUGGGGUUAUACACCAGCGGAAUGUACCGUGAUGGGCAUUCCUAGUGUGACCACAAACCUUUCGGGAUUUGGCUGUUUCAUGCAGGAGCAUGUAGCUGACCCAGCUGCUUAUGGGAUUUAUAUAGUUGACAGGAGGUUUCGCUCUCCUGAUGAAUCAUGCAACCAGCUGACUCAGUUCCUGUAUGGAUUUUGCCAGCAGUCACGACGCCAGAGAAUUAUCCAGAGAAAUCGAACUGAAAGACUCUCAGACCUACUGGACUGGAGAUACUUAGGCAGGUACUACAUGCAUGCAAGACACCUGGCUCUCAGCAGAACUUUCCCUGAUAAAUUUGAGAUGGAACCAAGUGCUCCUCCAAAGACGGAAGGUUUCAGGUACCCCAGGCCCUCAUCAGUCCCACCAUCCCCUUCGGUCUCCCAGCCUUCUAGCCCUCAUCAAAGUGAUGAGGAGAACGAAGAUGAGGAUGAAAGAUAUGAUGAGGAUGAAGAGGCUGAAAGGGACAAGCAAAAUAUAAAGGCACCUUUUUCCCUUGGAAUAAUGCCACCAGGAAAGAAGCAACAGCAUGGAGAAUAUAGGAACUGAAUGCCAUUGCUGUCAUGCCUGAUGAUGUUUCAGCUCCCGAACAGUGCGUUCAUGUAGGUUGGUCAGGCUACAGAUUGAGGACAGUGCUAUGAGGUUAGGACAUUUGAAACAAAUAUUACUUUAUAAGUAGUUUAAAUUGUAAUUCUUCUCCCUUCCUUGGAGGUAGAAGAGAUUGUUAAAAUGCAGUAAACCUAGAUAAUAUUAUGAUUCUCCUGUGAUCUCUCCAAUUAAGUUAAAUGUACCAUAGAUCAUAUUUGCAUCUGAAAUUCAUUAUAACCCAUGAGAGCAGAUCCAUCAUAAUUAUUCCAAUCAAAUGUCCAUUAAUUUAUCUAUUCUGCCCUUCCAAACUAUCACCUUUAAGUCAUGAUUUACCACAUUUUGAAGAAAUUGUUACAUGUGGGGAAAACCUGACAGGGUUCAAAAAGUGUUGAAAAGAGUCAAUUUUUUUCUUAUGUUCUUUAUCCUAUUUUAAAUCUACAUCACUGUAAGCAUUUUUUACACAAUGCAAAAGUGUCCUGAUCCAGGUGUAAACCAUAUUUCUUGUGGAAAAAUAUCUAGUUCAAUGUGUGGGCAUUUUUAUUAUUUUCUGAAGUUGUCUAGGCCCACAAUAAAUGGCAGACCACCCAUCUUCAGG